CGAGCUGAAAGACCCCUUCUACGGUGUGACGUCAAUAAGAAGCGACGGUGAGCAGGCCUACGAAAUCAAUACACAAAAAUAGGACGUGGGGGGAAAUAAGGUUUUGUUGUUUUUGGUUAACUAAAUCUGUUUGAUUCAACGCAAUGCCGAAAGUGAAGAGGAGCAGGAAACCACCUCCGGAUGGCUGGGAGUUGAUUGAACCGACAUUGGACGAAUUAGACCAAAAAAUGAGAGAAGCCGAGACGGAGCCUCACGAGGGAAAGCGGAAGGUUGAGUCCCUGUGGCCGAUAUUCAGACUGCAUCAUCAGAGGAGCAGAUAUAUCUUCGACUUGUUCUACAAGAGGAAGGCCAUCAGCAGAGAGCUGUAUGACUACUGUAUUAAGGAGAGUUAUGCUGAUAAGAACCUGAUCGCUAAGUGGAAGAAGCAGGGAUACGAGAACCUGUGCUGCCUUCGCUGCAUCCAGACACGAGACACCAACUUUGGAACCAACUGCAUCUGUAGAGUUCCCAAGAGCAAACUGGAGGUGGGGAGGAUUAUAGAGUGCACCCACUGUGGCUGCCGAGGCUGCUCCGGCUGAAUCGUCAGGAUCAUCGCCUGGCUGUUCUACUCUGGCUCGUCUAGUCAGGUCUGGAUCGCCUGGCUGUUUUGCUGUGGGGAUCGUCUAGCCUGGCCUGGCUGUUCUGUUCUGGAUCGUCAGUUAUUUUCUACGGGACAUCAGGGCUCAUCUACUCCACCUGUGUGCUUCAUUACCCUGGAGUGUCUAAUCUCAAAUACACCCCUACUCUCUAGCCCCCUACUCUCUAGCCCCCUACUCUCUAGCCCCCUACUCUCUAGCCCCCUACUCUCUAGCCCCCUACUCUCUAGCCCCCUACUCUCUAGCCCACUACUCUCUAGCCCACUACUCUCUAGCCCCCUACUCUCUAGCCCACUACUCUCUAGCCCACUACUCUCUAGUCCCCUACUCCCUACUCCCCGUAUAGGGGUGUCUUUGUGAUUGGGCAAGGUUAUUGUUACCAUUCCAGCUGUUUAGUACACACGGUGGUCAUUAUUAAGUGCUAUUGUACCUCAUUUACAAUGAAGAGGGCUGUGGGAGAGGGAAGGGUGGGAUGGGAGCCAUUUUUUUGCUGUUGAACAUGUCAUUGCUUUCAACCUGAUGAAUCUUGUUUUGUUUGUACCUUUUUUUAUAAUUUCAAUUAAAACUCUCUUGUUUUAAAUAA